AAAAAUGAUCACCAACUCUUGAAAUUUUCGUUUUUUUUAUCUGGGUAUUUUUUUUAUUUUGUUGAAAUUCUCAGACUUAAUAGUGCUGUUGUUUUUCCCAUGAAAAGGAAAAAAAAAUUGAACACACAAUUUAGAGAAAAGACCGAUUAGUUAAUUAGGGUUUAGAAUAAGUGAGAGUUUAUUAUGUUUUAUCUGUGAUGCUAAGAGUGUAUGCUUUUAUUUCUUCUUAUUUUUGUGUAUCAGAGAGGAUGCAGGCUGAAGCUGCUCGCAUUCGGGAAAAGUAUCCGGACAGAAUACCGGUGUUUGUUGAAAGGGCGGAGAAGAGCGAUGUACCUGAAUUUGAUAAGAAAAAAAUAUCUGGUUCCUGCUGAUGUAAACGUUGGCCAAUUUGUCUACGUUGUUCGGAAGAGGAUUAAGCUGAGUCCUGAGAAGGCUAUACUCAUUUUUGUGAAGAACAUCCUACCCCCAACUGGUGAGUCGAACCUCGUAGAUCCCCCACUCUUGUUUAAUUUCGACGUUUACCAUUUUGCUAAACGGUGUAACGCCAACAUCGGUGCAGCUGCUAUGUUGUCUUCCAUAUACGAGGAAAACAAGGACGAAGAUGGUUUCCUCUACAUGACUUACAACAACAAGAACACGUUCGGGAUCAUCAAGGAAUACGAUCAAGGGAUGUCCGUGUGAGUAUGGCUUGCAGAAAAAGAUGAAAAAGGUUACUUCUAAGAUUCAAAUCUUGAAUCAUGUGUUGCUCU